CAAACAGCACCACCUCACCACAUCAUGCCUCUAGUAACGUACGCCAAGCAGCUGGUGCCCCUGCCGGAGCGGGCGGUGAAGGGGUGGCUCCGCAAGGCCGAGUGGCAGGACCGCGCGGACAAGGGCAACUAAAUGGGUUCUGACAACAGGGACGCUGGUUCCGCCACCAUCAAGGGCGUUACCAUACGGAAGGAGCACGUCGCCUCCACGAAGCGCAACCUGGGCAACACGUACGCCAAGGGCAUGAAGCACACCGCCGCCGCCAAGGCCAAGAUGUCGGCGGCCAAGAAGGGCAAGAAGCACACCGCCGCCACCAAGGCCAAGCUGUUGGCGGCCAUGAAGGGCGUGAAGCGCACCGCCGCCACCAAGGCCAAGACGUCGGCGGCCAUGAAGGGCAAGAAGCACACCGCCGCCGCCAAGGCCAAGAUGUCGGCGGCCAAGAAGGGCAAGAAGCGCACCGCUGUCGCCGCCAAGGUCCCGGCGACCAAGAAGCGGCGUGUCUGAAUGAGCGUUGUGGUGUGGUGGUGGACCAGAUAGACGGGGUUGAACCUUGGGGUGGACAAGGAUGUGGCCAAGUCAACCAACUUAUCGAACGGACGCUUUGGGGGGCAUCUUGGCCCUCCGACAUGAUGGGAUGUCGCCUGCUGGACAGUCAGUGUAAGCGACUCUCGUGCUCCGUCCGGAUCCAUCGGAUGUGUCAUGCCGUUUUAGAGGAACCAGGAGUCUUGUCGGUCUUCCAUCGAGAACCCAGCGCGGCGCCGUCGGCUCUCGGGGCGGUGAACAUGGGCACAAAGUUGGGUGUGCGAUGGCACAGUGUUAAGGCAGGUUGGUGAAGUCCCGUAGGGUGUGUGAUGGGACAGGGUUCAGGCAGGUUGGCGAGGUCCCAUAGGGUGCAGCUGACGGCGAAGUCCCGUAGGGUGCAGAUUCUCAGAUUCCAGCAGAUGGCAAACACUUUGCAACGGCAGGGCAGGAGUACGCGGCUGGUCGAACGCCGGAGUUACUGCACCGACAAGUUGCUGGCUGGCUGGAAGUUGGGGAACGCUCGCGAUGAACACUGCACGUGCAGUGUUGGCGGUGCCAACACUGCACCACGUUGAGUUGAGUGCCUCCGCAGCAGCUGGAAGCUGCGCUGCUUGGCUGUCACACGGAUUUGUGUAGACCUGGGCCAGGCU